CGUCCAUGAACGUCAUCAUACAUUGUAUUGUAUCGUGAGUUUUGAGCGUGUGGCCGAAUUCAUGUUUAGGUCUUGACUUAUCGCCUUGUGGCCGUAUAAAUGCCUGUGCUUGCAAAAUGAAUUCUGUUAAACAGUGCUAGACUCGCUAUGGAGCCUUUAGCUUCGUGACAGGCCGUGAUCGCUGUUUGACUCGGCACCACUCCAACGUCGUCGAAUCCGGUCGGACGUUCACGCCAGUCAUACCCGAACUUAACACGCUCCGCAAUUUCUAACACGAUGGACGAAACCGACAAAAGGCCUCAGUUUGGCCAACGUUACCUUGAUGACGACAGCCGAGUCUUUGAACACAAUGCUUGGGACGACGUCUGCUGGACCGAAGAACAGCUGAAAGCUGCAAAACAAAAGGUGGAUGAGAACUCUGUCAUCAGAGUGGAACCAGCUGUCAGAGACCAAUAUGAAGCUGAAGCAGCAGAAUACUGGGACAAGUUCUAUGGCAUCCAUAGCAACAGAUUUUUCAAGGAUAGGCACUGGCUGUUUGUGGAAUUCCCUGAGCUCCUGCCUGGUAAAUCUCCUGCAAAGGAUGUACCACAGGAUGAUGGCACAGAAGGAUAUCCAGGCAAGGCAGCUUCACUAAGGAUUCUUGAGAUUGGCUGCGGUGUGGGAAAUACAGUGUUCCCCAUACUAGAUGUGAACAGAGACCCAGGCCUGUUCGUGUAUGGCUGCGAUUUCUCAUCGACAGCAGUUUCUGUUCUGAAGGAACACAAGGACUAUGACGAAAAGAGAUGCCACGCCUUUGUCUGCGAUGUGACAAAAAAAUGGGAUGUGCCGUUCCCGGAGGAGAGCUUGGACAUUGUGAUGCUCAUUUUUGUUCUUAGCGCCAUCAGCCCUGAUAGGAUGCAACACGUCAUAGACUCAGUGGCUCGGUAUCUGAAGCCGGGAGGAAAGGUGAUCUUCAGAGAUUACGGCCGCUACGACAUGGCGCAGCUGAGGUUCAAGAAUGGACGGUGCAUCGAGGACAACUUCUACGCUCGUGGAGAUGGAACGAGGGUGUACUUCUUCACUCAAGACGAAUUGACCAAGAUGUUUGCCAAUAGUGGCUUUGAAGAGGAGCAGAACCACCUGGACCGAAGGCUGCAGGUCAACCGUGGGAAGUUGUUGCGCAUGUAUAGAGUGUGGAUACAAGCCCGAUUCAGAAAAAAAGAUGCUACCUGACAAGCAA